CGCCUAAACUGUAAGUUCGGCUUAUAAAAGGUAGGAGGAAGCCUGCUCUGAACCAAUGCCUUCUACCAUCACUUUGGCAUCAAACGUACUAUUCUGCACGAUAAACAUCAAUCAUGGCAACUCCCUUCCCAUCACCGACCACGACCUGGCACUCCACCACUUAUUCUUCUCUGUCGCCUUUGCGCCCUGAGCUGUCUGCCAAAGGCAAGACUGUCAUCAUAACGGGAGGUGGCAGUGGCAUCGGCGCAGAGACAGCACGCUACUUCGCUCAAGCUGGAUCAUCACGUAUCGCCCUUCUCGGACGUAGAGAACAGCCUCUCCUCGAUAUCAAGGCUUCUAUCGAGCGCGAGCACGAUGGUUCCAAGGUCUUCAUCUUCCCUACCGAUGUCACCAAGAAGAGCGAAGUCGAUGCCACAUUCACCAAAUUCCUCGGAGACGACAAGGUUGACAUCUUGGUCAGCGGCGCUGCUGUCGUUGGGCCUCUAGAAUCGAUCGAACAUGUGAACAGCGAUAAGUUCAUGGACGCCAUCCAUACCAACAUUUCGGGUUCGUUGUUUGUCGCCCAGGCUUUCCUCAGGCAUGCGAGUCCCAAUGCGACCGUCGUCGAGAUUAACUCGUCCGCUGCGCACGUCAACUUUAGCCCCGGAUUCUCUGCCUACAGUAUUGGCAAGCUGGCGAUAUGUCGACUUUGGGAUUCUCUUGCCUUUGCAAACCCUGAGAUGUCCGUUUUUCAUCUUCAGCCCGGUAUCGUGGACACUGCAAUGAACAGGGAAGCAGGCGGUAUUGAUGCCAUUGGCUUUUCGGAUGAUGUUUCACUUCCUGCGAGCUUUAUCGUCUGGCUUGCAAGCCCUGAAGCACGUUUCUUGAGGGGGAAGUUCCUGUGGGCAAAUUGGGAUGUGAAUGAACUCAAGAAUCAGGCCCAGAAGAUCGAAGAGACGGCAUAUCUCAGCGUUGGUCUCGUCGGGUGGCCGUUCGAUGGUGGUAACUGGAAGCUUGAGACUGCUGAAGGCGCAUGGGAUAAUCUUUGAUGUAAGACAAUGAGGCUGUAACGCUCAUCUGUACUGCAACUAGGCAAAUAGCGUUGGAUAACAGGUC